AUGUCUGACGUUACCGAUAAGACUGUAGAACAGCUAGAAAAGCUGCAAAUCCAAGAGGACCAGCAGCCAGAGACUGAGCCUACUUCUGCUGACUCUGAAUCCGCCAAAGUGGAAAACUCCUCCGCAUCCUUGUACGUUGGUGAGUUGGACCCUAGUGUCACCGAGGCUCUAUUGUACGACAUUUUCUCGCCAAUUGGCUCUGUCUCUUCGAUCCGUGUUUGCCGUGAUGCCAUCACCAAGACCUCUUUGGGUUACGCGUACGUUAACUUUCACGACAGCAACGCCGGUAGAACUGCCAUCGAAAAGUUGAACUACCACCCUAUCAAGGGCAGACCUUGCCGUAUCAUGUGGUCCCAGCGCGAUCCUUCUCUAAGAAAGAAGGGCUCUGGUAACGUUUUCAUUAAGAACCUGCACCCAGCUAUUGACAACAAAGCCCUACACGACACUUUCUCCGUGUUCGGUAACAUUUUGUCCUGUAAAAUCGCCACGGAUGAGACUGGAAAAUCCAGAAAAUUCGGUUUCGUGCAUUUCGAAGAAGAAGAAGCCGCCAAAGAGGCCAUUGACGCCAUCAAUGGUAUGUUGUUGAACGGUUUGGAAGUUUACGUUGCUCCACACGUCUCCAAAAAGGACCGUCAAUCCAAAUUGGACGAAGUGAAAUCCAACUUCACCAACGUCUACGUUAAGAACGUCGACCCUGAAACUACUCAAGAAGAAUUCGAACAGUUGUUUACUCAAUUCGGCCCUGUCACUUCCGCUGUCUUGGAAACUGAUUCUGAAGGUAAGCUAAGAGGCUUCGGUUUUGUUAACUACGAAGACCACAAUGCUGCCAUGAAGGCUGUGGAUGAGUUGAACGAAACCGACUUCAAGAGCCAAAAGCUAUAUGUUGGCCGUGCUCAAAAGAAAUACGAACGUUUGCAGGAAUUGAAGAAGCAAUACGAAUCUUCAAGAAUGGAAAAGUUGGCCAAAUACCAAGGUGUUAACUUGUUCGUUAAAAACUUGGACGACUCUGUCGAUGACGAAAAGCUGCAAGAAGAGUUUGCUCCAUUUGGUACCAUCACUUCUGUCAAGGUUAUGAGAGACGAUGCUGGAAGCUCUAAAGGUUUUGGUUUCGUUUGCUUCUCGGCUCCAGAAGAGGCCACUAAAGCCAUCACCGAAAAGAACCAACAAAUUGUUGCUGGUAAGCCCCUUUACGUUGCUAUCGCUCAAAGAAAGGAAGUGAGACGCUCUCAGUUGGCUCAACAAAUUCAAGCCAGAAACCAAAUGAGAUUCCAACAAGCCACUGCUGCUGCUGCCGCCGCUGCCGGCAUGCCAGGUCAGUUCAUGCAACCAAUGUUCUACGGUGUCAUGCCUCCAAGAGGCGUUCCUUUCAACGGUCCAAACCCUCCACAAAUGGCUGCCAUGGGUGGCAUGCCAAAGAAUGGUGUUCCUCCUCAGCAAUUUGGUAGACCAAAUGGCCCUAUGUACGGUGUUCCUCCUCAAGGUCCUCAAGGUGGAUUCCCAAGAAAUGGUAACCAGUUUUUCCACCAAAAGCAAAGACAAGCUUUGGGUGAACAAUUGUACAAAAAGGUGUCUGCCAACACUCAGGAUGAAGAGGCUGCUGGAAAGAUCACCGGUAUGAUCUUGGAUUUGCCACCUCAAGAAGUUGUUCCAUUGCUAGAGAACGACGAAUUGUUCGAACAACAUUUCAAGGAAGCUUUUGCUGCUUACGACUCUUUCAAGAAAGAUCAAGAUGCUCAAGUCCAACCUGAGUCUGCUGCUGAGCAAGUUUAA